UGAAAUUGUUCCCCUUCUGUAAAGCGUCGGAGAGAAAUGGAAGACGACGGAGAGAGAUCCAGCAUCGUGAUCAGCCUCAUCGAGAACAGAGCCAAAGAGGUUGGAAUGGCUGCAUUUAAUUUGAGAUCAGCUUCUCUGGAUCUUUCGCAGUACAUUGAAACCAGUGGCUCGUAUCAGAACACCCAAACUCUGCUGCAAUUUUACGAUCCGAUGGUGAUAAUUGUACCUCCCAACAAACUGGCAGCUGAUGGGAUGGGUGGAGUUUCAGAAUUGGCUGACAAGUUCUGUGGACAUAUCAGGAAGGUUGUAAUGGCCCGUGGAUGUUUUGAUGACACCAAGGGUGCCGUCUUAGUGAAAAGUUUAGCAGCAAAGGAGCCGUCAGCCCUCAGUCUAGAGACUUACUACAAACAAUAUUAUCUUUGUUUGGCUGCCGCUGCUGCUACAAUCAAGUGGAUAGAAGCUGAGAAAGGACUUAUCGUGACAAAUCACUCCUUGUCGGUUACCUUUAACGGAUCAUUUGAUCACAUGAGCAUAGAUGCAACUAGUGUUCACAACUUGGAAAUAAUUGAGCCAUUUCACUCUUCACUUUUGGGCACAACCAGCAAAAAAAGAAGUCUUUUCCAAAUGCUCAAGACAACAAAGACCAUAGGAGGGUAUGAGGGUUAUCCUAUAUUGAAUCUUUCAUCCCACAGCACAAUUGAAGCUUACUCAUACACACUUACUUAUGUAAUUUAUCUUCAGAACCAGGCUCCUUCGUGCCAAUCUGUUGCAGCCCUUAAAAGACACCGAAACUAUCAACACUCGCCUCGAUUGCCUGCAAGUCUGACAGCGACAAAGCCCCAGAAUCAACUCAAGGAUGAGCUGAUGAAGAACGAACAGCUAUUCUUCGGACUCACUCAGGUUCUCCGGAAAUUUCCAAAAGAGACUGAUAGAGUACUCUGUAACUUCUGCUUCAAGCCCAAGAAAGUAACAAAUGAGGUUAUGGGUGUUGACAAUUUCAAGAAAAGCCAAGUGUUGAUAUCAAACAUUAUUGUGCUUAAAACAACUUUGGAUGCAUUGCCUCUGCUUGGGAAGGUUUUGAAGGAUGCAAGUUGUUUUCUUCUGUCAAAUGUUUUUAGGACUGUUUGUGAGAAUGAGGAUUACUCUACCAUCAGAAACAGAAUUUGCGAGGUGUUCGAUGAAGAUGUUCUUCAUGCACGUGUCCCUUUUGUGGCCCGAACACAGCAAUGUUUUGCAGUCAAAGCUGGGAUUGAUGGACUUCUGGAUAUUGCAAGGAGAACAUUCUGUGAUACAAGUGAAGCUAUACACAACCUCGCGAACAAGUAUCGUGAAGAAUUUGGACUACCAAAUUUGAAACUUUCAUUUAAUAACAAGCAAGGGUUUUACUUCAGCAUUCCACAAAAGGAUGCUCAGGGAAAGCUUACUAGCAAAUUCAUUCAGGUCGUAAAACAUGGAAACCAUCUACACUGCACAAGCCUAGAACUUGCUUCUCUUAAUGUGAGAAAUAAGUCUGCAGCUGGAGAAUGCUAUAUAAGAACAGAACUUUGCCUUGAAGCCCUAGUAGAUGCCAUCAGGGAGGAUGUCACUACACUCACGCUUCUGGCUGAGGCCCUGUGCCUCUUAGAUAUGAUGGUUAAUUCAUUUGCACAAACUAUCUCAUCAAAGCCUCUCGACCGAUAUACUAGACCUCAAUUUACUGAUGAUGGCCCAUUGGCAAUUGAUUCUGGAAGACACCCAAUUCUCGAGACUAUACACCAUGAGUUUGUUUCCAACGGUAUCUUUAUCUCGGAGGCAUCAAACAUGUUAAUUGUCAUGGGACCAAACAUGAGUGGAAAGAGCACAUAUCUCCAACAAGUAUGCCUUACAGUCAUUCUUGCUCAAAUUGGUUGCUAUGUUCCUGCUUGCUUCGCAACUAUUCGCAUAGUUGAUCGCAUAUUCACAAGGAUGGGUUCAACGGAUAGCCUAGAAUCAAACUCCAGUACGUUCAUGACAGAGAUGAAGGAGACAGCUUUCAUCAUGCAGAACGUUACCCCAAGAAGUCUGGUUGUUAUGGAUGAACUAGGAAGAGCUACUUCCUCCGCUGAUGGAUUUUCCAUUGCUUGGAGCUGCUGCGAAAAACUCUUAUCAAUUAAAGCGUAUACAAUCUUUGCAACCCACAUGGAGAACCUAUCCGAGCUAGCAACUCUCUAUCCGAACGUGAGGAUUCUUCAUUUCGACGUUGAUGUACUUAACAAGCGUCUGGAUUUCAAGUUCAAACUCAAGGAUGGACCAAGACAUAUUCCGCACUACGGCCUUUUGUUAGCAGAAGUGGCAGGAUUACCGAGGUCGGUGAUCGAUACAGCACAAUGCAUUACAUCAAAGAUCACACAAACGGAAAGGAAGAGAAUGGAAGUGAACUGCGAGCAGCAUCAUCAACUGCAGAUGAUUUAUCGGGCUGCCCAACGGCUAUUGUGCUUGAAAUAUUCCAGCCAACCUGAAGAUGCAAUCAGGCAAGCACUUCAGAAUCUCAAGGAGAGCUAUCUAGAUGGAACUGUCUGAAACCUUCAACUAUUACCACAGUACUGGCAACCUUUCACAUACCAACUAUCAAUUGUAUUUUUACCAUAUUUAGGUAGAAACUACCAACAGGUUAU